CGAAGUGGGCGGGGCUGUCUUGGCUGGCAGUCCCAGCGCGCGAGCCGGGCUUCGUCAAUCCGAACAAUGCCUUCUCCGCCGCGGCCGGCGCGCGACGAGGAGCGGGGCUGAAGAAGAGCGCGCGCCACGGAGGCAGCAGCAAGCCAAGCAAGCAAGCUCCGCUGCAUCAGCCGCUGCGCUGUGUCUUCCUACUCUUGGAUUUUGCAAAGCAGCCUCGUUGGCUUCGGAAGCAGAGAGGAGCUGCUACUGUCACUAUUUGGGAAAAGAAACCAAACAAACCAAACAAAACAAGGGGGAACACUGAGCAUGUGGAUUCCUACAGAGCACGAGAAAUACGGAGUCGUAAUUGCAAGUUUUCGAGGAGCAGUCCCACAUGGCUUAUCACUGGAGAUUGGAGACACUGUACAAAUACUGGAGAAAUGUGAUGGCUGGUACAGAGGAUUCGCCUUAAAAAAUCCAAAUCUCAAGGGUAUCUUCCCAUCCAGUUACAUUCACUUGAAAAAUGCGUGUGUUAAGAAUAAAGGGCAAUUUGAAAUGGUUGUUCCAACGGAAGAUUCUGUCAUUACAGAGAUGACAUCAACUUUAAGAGACUGGGGCACAAUGUGGAAACAACUUUAUGUGAGAAACGAAGGGGAUCUCUUUCACCGAUUGUGGCACAUAAUGAAUGAAAUCCUAGACCUGCGACGGCAGGUCUUGGUGGGACAUCUCACACAUGAUAGGAUGAAGGAUGUGAAACGACACAUCACUGCCCGCUUGGACUGGGGCAACGAGCAACUGGGAUUAGACUUGGUGCCAAGAAAGGAAUAUGCAAUGGUAGACCCAGAAGAAAUCAGUAUUACAGAGCUAUAUAGACUGAUGGAGCACCGUCAUCGCAAGAAAGACACACCUAUUCCAGCAAGCAGCCACCAUCUCUUUGUUCAGAUGAAGAGCCUGAUGUGUUCCAAUCUGGGAGAGGAACUGGAAGUAAUCUUCUCACUUUUUGAUAGUAAAGAGAAUCGUCCAAUCAGUGAGAGAUUUUUUUUAAGACUUAAUCGGAAUGGUUUACCAAAAUGUCCAGAGAAGCCAGAAAGACAUUGUUCUCUUUUUGUGGAUUUGGGAAGCAGUGAACUCAGGAAGGACAUCUACAUCACUGUCCACAUUAUACGCAUCGGUCGAAUGGGAGCUGGCGAAAAGAAAAAUUCUUGCAAUGUACAGUACCGACGACCUUUUGGUUGUGCAGUCCUCAGUAUAGCAGACCUACUAGCUGGUGACACAAAAGAUGACCUUGUUUUAAAAGUAUACAUGUGCAACACAGAAAGUGAUUGGUAUCAGAUCCAUGAAAACAUCAUCAAAAAACUAAAUGCUCGUUACAACCUAACGGGAUCCAAUGCUGGCCUGGCUGUCUCUCUUCAACUUCUACAUGGAGACAUUGAACAAAUUAGGAGGGACUACACAUCCAUGUUUACCCAUGGAGUUUCAAUAACAAGGAAGUUGGGUUUUUCCAAUAUUAUUAUGCCAGGUGAAAUGAGAAAUGAUUUAUAUAUCACGAUAGAAAGAGGAGAGUUUGAAAAAGGAGGAAAAAGUGUGGCCCGGAAUGUGGAAGUAACAAUGUACAUUGUAGACUGUGGUGGUCAAAUUUUAAAGGAUUUUAUUUCUUUUGGCUCUGGAGAACCACCCGCCACUGAAUUCCACUCCUUUGUGUUGUAUCACAACAACAGUCCUAGGUGGGCUGAGCUGCUGAAACUUCCCAUUCCUGUGGAUAAAUUCAGGGGAGCACACCUUCGCUUUGAAUUCCGACACUGUUCCACAAAAGAAAAGGGGGAGAAGAAGUUGUUUGGUUUUUCUUUCGUCCCUCUGAUGCAGGAAAAUGGAAGGACGCUGCCAGAUGGCACUCACGAGCUCAUUGUUCACAAGUGUGAAGAAAAUGUAAGUCUUCAGGAUUCUAGUCGCUACCUCAAAUUCCCCUUUACAAAGGGACAUCUUCUUACGAACAACCACCAAGCAAUAAAAACCACUAAGGAGUCCUUCUGGAUUACGUCUUUCCUGUGCUCAACAAAACUCACUCAGAAUGGGGACAUGCUAGACCUUCUCAAAUGGCGAGCCCAUCCAGAAAAAAUUGCAGGCUGUCUCUCCAAAUUGAAGGAAAUUGAUGGAUCAGAAAUUGUCAAGUUUCUUCAAGAUACACUGGACACUUUAUUUGGAAUUUUAGAUGAAAAUUCUCAAAAGUAUGGCUCUCAAGUAUUUGAUUGUUUGGUUCACAUAAUUAACUUGCUGCAGGACAGCAAAUUCCAUCAUUUUAAACCAGUUAUGGACACCUACAUUGAAAGUCACUUUGCAGGAGCACUUGCAUACAGAGACCUCAUAAAGGUGUUGAAGUGGCAUGUAGAUCGAAUAACGGAACUGGAAAGACAAACACACAACCAGGAAGUAUUAAAGGCACAAGAAUAUAUAUUUAAGUAUAUAGUCCAGUCUCGGAAGCUGUUCUCACUUGCUACUGGUGGACAAAACGAGGAGGAAUUCUGCUGUUGUAUCCAAGAGCUGCUAAUGUCUGUGCGAUUCUUCCUUUCCCAAGAAACCAAAGGGACUAGUGCUUUAUCUCAGGCCCAAGUGGUCUUUCUGAAUUCCUUCCCAGCUGUAUACUCAGAGUUAUUGAAGCUUUUUGAUGUGAGAGAGGUGGCAAAUUUGGUUCGUGAUACUCUAGGAAGUUUGCCAACUAUCACAAAUUCAGAUGAAUCCCUUCAAGCUGUGAAACUCCAGUGCAUUGGAAAGACAGUUGAAAGCGAACUGUACACCAAUCCAGAGUCCAGAUAUAUCCUGCUGCCUGUAGUUUUGCAUCACCUCUAUGUGCAUCUGCAAGAGCAGAAGGACCUGAUCAUGUGCGCACGCAUCCUUAGCAACAUAUUUUGCUUCAUAAAGAAAAACAGUUCUCUAUACCCCCGUGGAUGUGAAGGAGAAAGAACUUGUAGAAACCAGUCUGAAAAUGGACAAGCCUCACCUCAUGGGGCAUUCCCUUUCGCUCGCUUUAACAAUCCACAAAGAGGACGAAAAGAGAAAUUAGAAAAGUCAAUUUUGGAAGAAAUAGAUGUCAUAGUCAAUAGUUUGCUAGAUGUGCUGCUGAGGACCAUCCUGGAGAUCACAAGCCGCCCUCAACCAGCAGGGACUGCGACAAGGCUACAGUUUCAGGAUGUUACAGGAGAAUUUGUUUCAUGUCUAUUGUCAUUAUUACGACAAAUGACAGACAGGCAUUACCAGCAACUUCUUGACAGAUUCAAGACAAAGGAUGAGCUAAGAGAUUUCUUGUUACAGAUAUUUACUGUCUUUCGAAUAUUAAUACGACCAGAGAUGUUCCCAAAAGAUUGGACAGUGAUGCGUUUAGUUGCUAACAAUGUUAUCAUUACAACAGUGUUAUAUCUUUCGGAUGCCCUUCGUAAAAACUUUUUAAACGAAAGCUUUGAUUACAAGAUAUGGGAUUCCUACUUUUACCUUGCUGUCAUUUUUAUAAACCAGUUAUGUCUGCAAUUAGAAAUGUUCACACCUUCUAAGAAGAAAAAGGUAUUGGAAAAAUAUGGUGAUAUGCGAGUGACAAUGGGAUGUGAGAUCUUCAGCAUGUGGCAAAAUUUAGGGGAACACAAAGUCCAUUUCAUCCCAGCGUUGAUUGGGCCUUUUUUAGAAGUGACCCUGAUACCUCAGUCUGACCUACGGAAUGUCAUGAUUCCAAUUUUCCAUGAUAUGAUGGACUGGGAACAAAGGCGAAGUGGCAACUUUAAACAGGUAGAAGCAAAAUUGAUUGACAAAUUGGAUAGUUUAAUGUCAGAAGGAAAAGGUGAUGAAACAUACCGGGAACUCUUCAAUAGUAUAAUUCCACUCUUUGGUCCUUAUCCCAGCCUGCUGAAGAAAAUUGAACGUGAAACAUGGAGAGAAAGUGGAGUUUCAUUAAUUGCCACUGUAACCCGUCUCAUGGAGAGGCUGCUGGACUACAGGGACUGCAUGAAAAUGGGAGAAGUAGAUGGCAAAAAGAUUGGCUGUACUGUCAGUUUGUUGAAUUUCUACAAAACAGAACUGAACAAGGAGGAGAUGUAUAUUCGGUAUAUACAUAAAUUGUAUGAUCUACAUUUAAAAGCACAAAAUUUUACAGAAGCUGCUUAUACACUGUUGUUAUAUGAUGAACUGUUGGAAUGGUCAGACCGGCCGCUGCGAGAAUUUCUGAACUAUCCCAUGCAGACCGAGUGGCAACGUAAAGAGUAUCUUCAUCUCACUAUAAUCCAGAACUUUGACAGAGGAAAAUGCUGGGAGAAUGGCAUUAUCUUGUGCAGGAAGAUUGCUGAACAGUAUGAAAGCUAUUAUGACUACAGAAACCUCAGCAAGAUGCGGGUGAUGGAAGCCUCUUUGUAUGAUAAAAUUAUGGAUCAGCAGCGUUUGGAGCCAGAGUUUUUCCGAGUUGGGUUUUAUGGGAAAAAGUUUCCUUUUUUCUUACGAAACAAGGAGUUUGUUUGCCGUGGCCAUGACUAUGAGCGUUUGGAGGCUUUUCAGCAGCGGAUGUUAAAUGAGUUUCCACACGCCAUUGCUAUGCAACAUGCCAAUCAGCCCGAUGAAACCAUCUUUCAAGCAGAGGCACAAUAUCUGCAAAUCUAUGCUGUGACACCAAUUCCAGAAAGUCAAGAAGUACUGCAGAGAGAAGGCAUUCCAGAUAACAUCAAAAGUUUUUACAAAGUUAAUCACAUCUGGCGAUUCCGAUAUGACAGGCCAUUCCACAAAGGGACCAAAGACAAGGACAAUGAAUUCAAGAGUUUGUGGGUAGAGAGGACUACAUUGAUUUUGGUGCAGAGUUUGCCUGGAAUUUCCCGUUGGUUUGAAGUGGAGAAACGUGAAGUGGUGGAAAUGAGCCCUCUGGAGAAUGCUAUUGAAGUGCUGGAAAAUAAAAACCAGCAACUGAGAACACUGAUCAGUCAGUGUCAGACUCGACAGAUGCAGAAUAUUAACCCUCUCACAAUGUGCUUGAAUGGGGUCAUUGAUGCAGCUGUGAAUGGUGGAGUUGCCAGAUACCAAGAGGCAUUUUUUGUAAAGGAAUAUGUCCUGACUCACCCAGAGGAUGGAGAGAAGAUUGCAUGCUUGAGAGAACUGAUGCUUGAACAGGCCCAGAUUCUAGAAUUUGGACUAGCUGUGCAUGAGAAGUUUGUCCCUCAAGAUAUGAGGCCAUUACAUAAAAAACUAGUGGACCAGUUCUUUGUGAUGAAAUCAAGUUUGGGAAUACAGGAAUUUGCUGCAUGCAUCCAGUCCAGUCCAGUUCAUUUUCCAAAUGGGAGUCCCCGCGUCUCUAGAAAUUCAAUGCCUGUUUCGAUGAGCCCAGAAGGUGCCAGAGUAAUUCCUAGACGUAGCCCAUUAAGUUACCCAGCUGUCAACAGAUACUCUUCCUCAUCAUUAUCCUCUCAAGCUUCUGCAGAGGUCAGCAAUAUAACUGGACAGUCCGAAAGUUCUGAUGAAGUUUUCAACAUGCAGCCAAGUCCAUCUACCUCAAGCCUGAGUUCCACUCAUUCCGCUUCACCUAAUGUGACCAGCUCUGCUCCAUCCAGUGCCAGAGGCUCACCUCUGUUGUCUGACAAGCUUAAACAUUCCAGAGAAAAUUCUUGCCUAUCUCCAAGGGACAGGCCCUGUAGUGCCAUUUACUCUAAUGCUGCUGAGCCUUCACAGCCUGCAAACGCUUGCUUUGCCAAGUGGAAUGAAGCCUCCAUUCCUCGCUGCAUCAGAGAUUCACCAAAGGAGGUUGAAGAGCAUGUAGGCCCAGUAUCUGCUCUGCCAGAGGCUUACCUGACAGGAAAAUCUCCCAAUCUACCAACAUCCUCAGUAGCCCCUGACAGGAGAAUACUGUACAAUCAUAUUGGAGAUGGCGCUUUGCCUAGAAGUGAUCCUAAUUUGUCCGGUCCUGAGAAAGCUGUAAACAGCACUCCCAGCAGCUGGAGCCUAGAUAGUGGGAAGGAGGCCAGGAACAUGUCAGACUGUGGAAAACUAAUGUCUCCUCCCGUUCCACCACGCCCCAUGCAAACUGCAUCACCAGCUCGACACCUCACCUCAGUUUCCCCCUCUCCUGCUGGAAGAUCUCCAAUGAAGAACUGUGUGCAAUCGUUUACUCCAUCUCCUGUGGACUACCAUUCCUCUGGACUCAUCUCUAACUCCCCAGUCUUGUCAGGAAGUUACAGCAGCGGUAUCUCCUCACUCAGUCGAUGUAGCACAUCGGAAACGUCUGGCUUUGAAAGUCACAUCAUCGACCACUCAAUACCAGUUUCUAACUGCAAUAUUUCUGAAGAACCAGUGAGAAAAGAAAGUAAGACUCCACCACCUUACAGUGUGUAUGAACGGACACUGAAACGCCCCGUCCCACUACCUCACAGUCUUACUAUCCCCAUUCCUACGGAUCCACCAGCACUGCCCCCCAAACCCCUCUUGGUCCGACCGAACAAUCUGGAAAGUAGUAACAAGAGAACUGAACAGGUCCCACGUCCCAGGCCACUACCACGAAAAGUGUCUCAGUUAUAGAAAGAAAGAAGGAAGGAACAGAAAAGAAGAGAAGCUAGUAUGUCAUUUUUGUAAUGACAGGUGGAAAAGAAAACCACAUCUAAUAUAGGCACUUUAAUAUUUUUCACAAAAAUACUUUACAGUGGUUUUUUAAUUGCUUAAUAUUAUGUUGCACAUUUUUGGUCAAAUGAAAAUAUUAACACAGAAUGCAAGAUGUUACAGAAACAGGGAAAAAGACUGAGAUAAUUACUUUAGUAUUAAGUACUGGAAAACUGGAUGCAUAUUCAUUUGAAUGAGCUCGGUUUUUUCCUCCCAAAUGUAAUUUAAUCAAAACUAUACUUCCCUUCCUUGUUUAUAUGAUGCUGUACUUUUUAGAGCAUGCAAAAGUAGUAUGGUUUAAACUAAGUAUAUUAAAAGGCUCUUGUAAUAAGAUGAUUUCUAAAUUUUUGCAAAUGUUUUGAAAGCUCUUCUCUUUUGAGCCUCAUAAUUCAUGUACACAAACAAAAAUGAUAAGUCGAAUCAUCAGACUACAAUAUUGAAAAGACAUUGUUGUAUCUGAUUUCAUGAAACAAAGUUCCUUUCUUUCUGAGAACAUAUUCCUGCAUUUUAUUAAAUGUAUUGAUAUACAUUUCCAGAUUUUCUUUUUUGCUUAAGGAGAAAAGUGUAGCACUAUGCUAUUGAUGUGUCUUUGUGAGUCGCACAAUUUCAUCACAACUUAUUUUUGCUUUUCUUGAGGUACAAUUUACUUCACAGUUCUAUAUAGCUGAUAAAAUACAAUUGUCAUGGAAUUUGGUUGCUGAAUCUGUACCUAACAUAAAAGUUCAUUUUAGAAAAGCACCUUUUGUUUCAAAACAGGAAAUUAAUUAUUGAGUUGUUUUUGUGGCAUAAAUGUCUCUGUCCUUUAGGGAACCAAUGAAUGACCAUUGCCAGUGCUGUAAACAGAGCAUAAAGAAUGGAGAUAAUUGUGUACAAAUACGUGUUCAUGAGAUCUAACUGGAAAGUGCAUUAAAUGUAGGGUUCAAAUCAAAGAGCAGUCUAAUUUUUAAAAAGGAACACAAUGAAUUGUAUUUGUACUCUCUCAGCUUUUUAGCAACUUCUUUUGUCCAGAUUGUACAUGCCAGUACAUGACAAAAGCUUUAGGAGCAUCUGAGGAGAAGCUUUUUGCCCCAUAUUCCAUUCCUUCAAACCAACUAUGGAUCUUAUGCAGGAUUUUUGGGAGGGUCUUGGCAUAUGCUUGUUGGCAUUCCUUCAGAACAUAGAUGGCAUGCUGUGUUAAUUUGUAUAUUUUUCUCUAUCAAGUGUAAGUUAGCAUCAGAAGUUACAAAAGGAUCAAAUACUGGGAUAUUAGUGUGGCAUUCUCAAUAGAUUAUAAAAAUCUUUGAAAUAUGCAGAUGUAAGGAUGCCACUGCUUCUCCAAGCAGGUCUUCCUGUAUCUUUUAAGAAGCAGCAUAUAAUAUAUGCUUGCGAAGUCUACAGUGAUUGUUGUAUAUCUCAUCAGAAUGCAAAUUAUAAAAUUGCCUUUAGGCAUCUUGGCCUAACAGAAAGAGAAAAAUACUGGAUGAAGGAAUUUUGCAGUUCUGGACUCCCAAGAAGCAAAUCCAGAUCUCCCAAGGCAAAAGAACUGAGACAUGGACUCUACAUGUUUAUUUGACCUCCCUUUUGUGAGACAGCAUUCCUCCAUCCUACUGCUAUCUGUUCCACAGAUGUAGAAACAGAAAACUUGCCCAUAACUAAGAAGUGCUCCAUUGUGGCGGACCUGUUCCUGCACAGUGUGCUAUCUGGAAGUGUCCUUGCCAGAUAAUAUUUUCUAGGUAGAGUUAGGGUUCAUCCAAACUGAUUAAAAAGACCAGAAGCUCCCAGAUUGUGUUUUUGUUCUUUUUUAUUUGUACACAUUUUAUUUAUUCCAGAAUAUUUUCUGUCAGUUCUCAGUCCAAUCAGUGACUUUUAAUACUAGCACCUCAGGUCAUUUUUUUAACCCAAUGUAAAAUUGGAAAGAACAAAACCUGGAACUUUUCAAUCAGUUUGGAUGGGUCUGGAAUGCUCCUGUAGAGCCUUUCAGAAACUCAUGUUCAGCUGUAGGAGUGUCAAGACUAAAACAACUUGGUUUCCCCCAUAUAUGUACUGUUUCUGAAUGUAUGACCUGUCUUUUUCAGUCAUACCAUGAAAAAGUUAUCUCCCUGUUUUGUUGGGAAGCUUGUGUUGAUUUAACCGUGCGCCUUGUUCAUAGCUUAACUGGAACAUAGUGACCACUUUUUAUAUUCCUUCAUUGAAACCUUCAGCAGGUAUAUGCUGUUAAUGGUAGCUAUAGAAGUUUUCUAUAAUAAAUGUUCAAGUAUUUUUGUAUAUAACUGGUUAAUUUUAAUAAGGAGUACAGCUAUGUGGGGCGGGUGGGGGGAGAAGCGAACAGUUGUGUAUGCAGUAUGAUUGUUAUAAUUAUGCCAAAUACUUUAUGUAAGUGGGGGCACAGGGAAGACUAUUUGUACAUAUGUGCUUUUAACAAUUCUGCCAUAUUGAUUCUACAACUUUGAAUGUCAGAAAAAUAUAUUAAUAUAUGUUGAAAUAUCUAUGUUUAGCAAAAGUGUUUAUAACUGGAAAAGGAGCAUAUGGAUUUUAGCUUUGUACCUUGCUGAUUUUGAAGUCCUGAGAUUUCUUGAACUUGCUCUUGCUUUUGAUCAUAACAUUUUUGAUGUGUCUGCAUAACCAGAUUUUUGAAACUCUUAGUUACAUAUUUAUGCUUUUUUUUUUUUAAAAAAAAGACAAACAAAAUGGUAUUGUAAUUUAAAUAAAGUGUCACAAACUGGAUAACAAAUCCACUUUCAUCCCUCCUUAGCUUAUACAUACAGCUGAAUUUGUGUGUUGCUUGGUACUUCAGCUUAGUCUGAAUCAGUGUUAUUUGCUCCUCAAGUCCAUUUAAAAAUAUAUUCAAGAAUAAGAAGUUUUACUCAUGUGCACGUAUUACUGAUGUCUGCUAGCAGCAAAACAUUUUAAUGUAGUUAAAUGUUUACAGAUGGUUAUGCUGGUUGCUGAAGAAACGUAAAUACAAAAUAAAAUGGAUUGAUCAUCAUUGUACCACUGUUUUCUACUGAGUGCUACAUUGUAUAUCAGUUUGCCAUCGAAUUAAAGCUUCAGAUUCCUGACUUGGAUACAA